AUGCAAUUUGGCACUGUUUAUCUACUUAGAACAGCCAUUAAGGAGUAUUUCAUUCAAAAUGAUAGAGAGUACAAGUAUGUGGCCAAUGAAUCAUAUCGAGUGAGAGCUAUAUGUAGAGCUAAAGGCUGUCCAUGGGUUUUAUAUGCUCAUGUUCUUGGUGAUAAGACAACAUUUAGGGUGAACACACUAGUUGAUUCCCACUUAUGCCCUUUGGUAUUAAACAAUAGACAUGUGUACUCCAAAUGGUUAUCAAAGCACUUAUUGGAACAAUUUAGACUGAAUCCUAAUAUGGAGUACCAAAGAUUUAAAGAACUAACUCAGAAUACCAAGUUUUCUAUGAUAUCUAAGUGGACUUUUUAUAGAACAAAGGAAAAGGCAAUGGGAAAAUUGGAAGGGACUGUGGGAGAGCAAUAUUCCAUUUUAGAUGACUAUUGCAAGCAGUUGGUGGUUACUAAUCCAGGAAGCACAACCAUAUUGAAGACUAGGAUGGAGAAUGAUAAAAGGAUUUUUGAAAGAGUUUAUAUUUGCUUGAAGAGUUGCAAAGAUAGAUUUUUGAAGGGUUGUAGGCCUUUAAUUGGAUUAGAUGGAUGCUUCUUAAAAGGGUAUUGUAAAGGCAUGCUACUUGUUACUGUUGGGAUUGAUGGAAAUAAUAGUAUGUUCCCCACAGCAUAUGCAGUGUGUGAGAAGGAAAAUACAUACACUUGGACCUGGUUUUGUGAGCUACUCAAAGAAGACUUGAAUGUUGAUAACUCAAUCCAGUUCACAUUCAUAAAUGAUAUGCAAAAAGGCCUUGAAAAUGCAGUUUCUUGUGUUUGGGAAGGAUUUGAAACUAGAAACUGUGUAAGGCAUCUUCACAGCAAUUUAAAAAAAGAGUUUCCAAGAUUGCUCAUGAAGCAACUAUUGUGGGCUGCUGCAAGGGCAACAACACCUCAAGAAUUUAAGAGGAAGAUGCAGGCAAUUAAGGAUGUCAAUCCACAUGCAUAUGCUUGGCUAGCUGGUAAGUUGCCUAAUCAAUGGACAAAAUCUCAUUUUCAAGAAACUGUAAAGUGUGACAUGUUAGUCAACAACCUGUGUGAAAGUUUCAGUGCUGCUAUUAUGAUUGCUAGGGAUAAACCUAUUGUGACUUUGUUAGAGAAGGUUAGGAGGUUUGAGUUGUCAGGUAUACUGUGUGCACAUGAUCUAGCAUGUAUUUGGAGCUGUAACGAUGAUGUCAUGAAUUUUAUCCAUGAGUAUUAUAAGAAAGAACGAUUUGUGGCAGCAUAUGGUGGGGUUGUAGGGCCAAUGCCAAGCCCAGAAAAUUGGCCUGAAACUAGGGCUGACAAUUCGUGUAAACGUGUCAGAUUCGUGUCAACACGAUUAAGACACGACAUGAUUAAGGCUCCAAUUGCAAAGAAAAAUGGAAGACCACCUAGCAAGAAUCCAUCUCAAGAAAAUAAAAAGAUAAGAGAAAGAAGACGCAAACAACAAGCAAGGGAAGCUAGUCCAAGUUCUUAG